AUGUACCAGCAGUAUACCACCCUGCAUACCACCCUGUACCAGCAGCAUAACACCCUGUACCAGCAGCAUACCACCCUGUACCAGCAGCAGCAUAUCACCCUGCGCCAGCAGCAGCCUGACCACCAUAAAGAGACGGUGUUGGUGGCGUUGGUGGCGUUGGUGGUGUUGGUGGCGUUGGUGGCGUUGGUGGCGUUGGUGGCGUUGGUGGUGUUGGUGGCGUUGGUGGCGUUGGUGGCGUUGGUGGUGUUGGUGGCGUUGGUGGUGUUGGUGGUGUUGAGGCCACACAGAGCCGACUCAGAGCCGACUCAGAGGCCACACAGAGCCGACUCAGAGCCGACUCAGAGGCCACACAGAGCCGACUCAGAGGCCACACAGAGCCGACUCAGAGCCGACUCAGAGGCCACACAGAGCCGACUCAGAGGCCACACAGAGCCGACUCAGAGGCCACACAGAGCCGACUCAGAGGCCACACAGAGCCGACUCAGAGCCAUCUGCUCAGCCCUCUGCCCAGCCCCCCACCCCCCAGCCCUCUGCUCAGCCCUCUGCUCAGCCCUCUGCCCAGCCCCUCUCCCACCCCCCAGCCAUCUGCCCAGCCGUCUGCUCAGCCCUCUGCUCAGCCCUCUGCCCAGCCGUCUGCUCAGCCCUCUGCUCAGCCCUCUGCUCAGCCCUCUGCCCAGCCGUCUGCCCAGCCCUCUGCUCAGCCCUCUGCUCAGCCCUCUGCCCAGCCCUCCUCCCACCCUCCCGCCGUCUUCCCAGCUGUCUGCCCAGCCGUCUGCCCAGCCCUCUGCUCAGCCAUCUGCUCAGCCCUCUGCCCAGCCCCCCCACCCUCUGCCCAGCCUUCUGCCCAGCCUUCUGCCCAGCCCUCUGCCCAGCCCUCUGCUCAGCCCUCUGCUCAGCCCUCUGCCCAGCCUUCUGCCCAGCCCUCUGCUCAGCCCUCUGCUCAGCCCUCUGCCCAGCCCUCUGCCCAGCCUUCUGCCCAGCCCUCUGCCCAGCCCUCUGCUCAGCCCUCUGCCCAGCCCUCUGCCCAGCCCUCUGCUCAGCCCUCUGCUCAGCCCUCUGCCCAGCCCUCUGCUCAGCCCUCUGCUCAGCCCUCUGCCCAGCCCUCUGCCCAGCCCUCUGCUCAGCCCUCUGCUCAGCCCUCUGCCCAGCCCUCUGCUCAGCCCUCUGCUCAGCCCUCUGCCCAGCCCUCUGCUCAGCCCUCUGCUCAGCCCUCUGCCCAGCCUUCUGCCCAGCCCUCUGACCAGCCCUCUGCCCAGUCCUUUGCCCAGCCCUCUGCUCAGCCCUCUGCCCAGCCCCCCCUCACCCCCCCAGCCCUCUGCCCAGCCUUCUGCCCAGCCCUCUGACCAGCCCUCUGCCCAGUCCUUUGCCCAGCCCUCUGCUCAGCCCUCUGCCCAGCCCCCCUCACCCCCCAGCCCUCUGCCCAGCCUUCUGCCCAGCCCUCUGCCCAGCCCUCUGCCCAGCCCUGUGCCCAGCCCCCCACCCUCCCAGCCGUCUGCCAAGCUGUCUGCCCAGCCCUCUGCCCAGUCCUCUGCCCAGUCCUCUGCCCAGCCCUCUGCCCAGCCCUCUGCCCAGUCCUCUGCCCAGUCCUCUGCCCAGCCCUGUGCCCAGCCCCCUCCCACCCUCCCAGCCGUCUGCCAAGCUUCCUCUGCCCAGUCCUCUGCCCAGCCCUCUGCCCAGUCCUCUGCCCAGCCCUCUGCCCAGCCCUCUGCCCAGUCCUCUGCCCAGUCCUCUGCCCAGCCCUCUGCCCAGUCCUCUGCCCAGCCCUCUGCCCAGUCCUCUGCCCAGCCCUCUGCCCAGUCCUCUGCCCAGUCCUCUGCCCAGCCCUCUGCCCAGUCCUCUGCCCAGUCCUCUGCCCAGCCCUCUGCCCAGUCCUCUGCCCAGCCCUCUGCCCAGCCCUCUGCCCAGCCCUCUGCCCAGUCCUCUGCCCAGCCCUCUGCCCAGUCCUCUGCCCAGCCCUCUGCCCAGCCCUCUGCCCAGUCCUCUGGUCUGGUAGUCAGGGAUCAGGUGUCUCUAUAUAUGUCACUAAUGGCACCCUAUUCUCAUGUUGGACCUGGUAAAAAGUAG